ACUAGUGUUAGGGUGUUGUCGGCCCAGGUCUAGGAAAAUAGAGAAGAGAAAGAACGGAAGACGGCUCCUCCGUCCUGCUCUGGCGCUCUGCACUGCACUGCAGGACUUCAAGGUCUCAAGGAGUUGAAGCGAGUGAGCGACUAGGGACAACGACUCACAAAGGGGCGAGACGUACGAACGACGAGUCGACAACGCCUCAAUCGCCGCCACCGCGCCACGCCUCCAUUAGUCCAGGGUCGACGCGGCCGAAGCCUAUGGGUGGAAUAGAUACAACCGUCAGAGGGAAGAGAAAGAAGAAAUCGUUAAAGAUUAAGAAAAAGGAGACCUGCGAAUUAGCUGAAAAGGAAAAUGUUGCCGAUCCCAAACCUAGUGAAACAGAAUGCGGACUUGGCUCGGAGAAGGACAGCAUUGCAACUGAUAUUGGGGUAACCCGAAAGGUAAAAUCGAGAAGAGAGAGAACAAAACGUGGGGAAAAUGCUGUAGUAGACAGUAAUGCAGAUGAAGUUGAGGAAAGCCAGAAGAGAAAACCAAAGAAGAAGAGAAAAAUGGAGAAAGGAACUAAUGUGGCCAGUGAUGCAAAUCAAGUUGAGGAAAGCCAGAAGAGAAAAUCAAAGAAAAAGCGGAAAAUGGAGAAAGGAACUAAUGUAGCCAAUGAUGCAAAUGAAGCUGAGGAAAUUCAGAAUGGACAAUCAAGGAAAAGAAAAAGUGAGAAGAAAACAAGGAGAAAUGGAGUUGCCAGGUCCUAUAUUGAUGCUGAAAACAUGUCUCAGCAAAAAAAUGGCAAGGCAAGGAAACUCGAGGACCAGCCAUCUAGUGCAGAUAAUUUUGUGGGAAAAAGUAGACAAGAUGAAGAAGUUUAUGAAUUAUCUUCUGGAGAUGAAAGUUCUAAAGGAAUGCGAAAAUGGGUUACAGAAUAUUAUCAGAGCAGACCAGGAUUGAAGGUGUUGCAAGAAAAAAUUGACGACUACAUAGUUGCUUAUGAAGCAGAAAAGGAACAGGAGAAGAAGGUCAAAGAAGCCCUUAUUGCUGAAGAUGGAUGGACAGUUGUGUCACAUCAUAAGGGAAGAAAGAAGACAGUAGAUUCUGAAUCUGGAGUUGCUGUAGGUUCUGUUUCCCAGGCUGCUGUAUUAGAAAAUCUGGCCAAAAAGAAGCCAAACGAAGCAGGUCUGAAUUUGUACCAAUUUCAGAGGAGGGAAGCCAAGAGAAAUGAGAUAAUGGAGCUUCAGAGCAAGUUUGAGCAGGAUAAAAAGCGUGCCCAGCAAUUGAGAGCUGCAAGGAAGUUCAAACCUCUAUAAUGAAUAUUUUGAUUUAUUCUAUCUUUUGUUGGUGUACCCAAAAUGAAUUUUGGUAUAUGCCUAUAUCAGUUAAACAUUUUUUAUGCUGUUUCUACUGGUGUGUGAUACAGUCUAAAAGCACUUUCUAAAUGCUUGCUUGCACUCCUGCACUCAAAAAAAAAUGAAAAAAAAAUGCUUGCUUGCACUCCUGCACUCUGCCAACCUUCAGCAAGAGGCCGUCAACAAUCCUUUUUUCUCUCCUGACCAAGCGCCUUCUAAGUUUAUAUGUAUCUAUUUUAAAGUUUUAAACAUAGUGAAAAUUGAGCAUUGUUUCUUCUGCA